CGUCACCCGUAACAACCACUCGAGCCCUCGCCGCGCCCCUCGGCGCUCCCGCCCCGUCCCCCGUCCCCGGAACCGGCGGUCGAGCGGCGGCAGCCGAGCCUGUGGCAAGGCUCUCUCCCCGCGGAGCCGCCGGCAUGAACGCAUCCCGCCUCCCCGCGUCCCCGACCCGGUCCUUUUGACAAGAGGAGGAAGAAGAUUGCUAUUAAAUUACAACCAUGGUGCAAAAAUACCAGUCCCCGGUGAGGGUGUAUAAACACCCUUUUGAGUUAAUUAUGGCUGCCUAUGAAAGGAGGUUCCCUACAUGUCCUUUGAUUCCAAUGUUCGUGGACAGUGACACCGUCAGCGAAUUCAAGAGUGAAGAUGGGGCUGUUCAUGUCAUCGAGAGGCGCUGCAAGCUGGAUAUCGACGCUCCCAGGCUGCUGAAGAAGAUCGCAGGAGUCGAUUAUGUUUAUUUUGUCCAGAAAAACUCCCUGAAUUAUCGAGAACGCACUCUGCACAUCGAGGCCCACAAUGAGACGUUUUCUAACCGGGUCAUCAUCCAUGAGCACUGCUGCUACACGGUUCACCCUGAGAACGAAGACUGGACCUGUUUUGAACAAUCUGCAAGUUUAGAUAUCAAAUCCUUCUUUGGGUUUGAAAGUACAGUGGAAAAAAUUGCCAUGAAACAAUAUACCAGCAACAUUAAAAAAGGGAAAGAAAUCAUCGAGUACUACCUGCGGCAGCUGGAGGAGGAAGGCAUCACCUUCGUGCCCCGCUGGACCCCACCCUCUCUGGGGCCCGCAUCAGAACCAUUGUCAGCAAGCAAGAGUCAGACCACAUCUGCAGCUGUCCUGGUCCCAGAUGCUGCUGCCCUCAAGGAGGGGCUGAGCGGGGAGGGCCUCAGUAGCCCAGGCACAGCAUCUGAGGCUGUGGUGGGAACCCCUGACGACAAACUGGACGCUGACUACAUCAAGCGGUACUUGGGCGACCUGACCCCGCUCCAGGAGAGCUGCCUCAUCAGACUGCGCCAGUGGCUGCAGGAGACACACAAGGGCAAAAUUCCGAAGGAUGAGCACAUUCUCCGGUUUCUGCGUGCCCGGGAUUUUAAUAUUGACAAAGCCAGAGAGAUCAUGUGCCAGUCUCUAACUUGGCGGAAACAGCAUCAGGUGGAUUACAUCUUGGACACCUGGACUCCACCCCAGGUCCUUCAGGAUUACUACGCUGGAGGCUGGCAUCACCAUGACAAAGAUGGGCGGCCGCUGUACGUGCUCAGGCUGGGGCAGAUGGACACCAAGGGCUUAGUGCGAGCCCUCGGAGAGGAAGCCCUGCUACGAUAUGUUCUUUCCAUAAACGAAGAAGGCCUGAGACGAUGUGAAGAAAAUACCAAAGUCUUCGGCCGGCCCAUCAGCUCGUGGACCUGCCUGGUGGACCUUGAAGGGUUGAACAUGCGGCAUCUGUGGAGACCUGGGGUCAAAGCCUUGCUGCGCAUCAUCGAGGUGGUGGAGGCCAACUACCCGGAGACGCUGGGCCGCCUCCUCAUCCUCCGUGCCCCCAGGGUCUUCCCUGUCCUCUGGACACUGGUUAGUCCAUUCAUCGACGACAACACCAGAAGAAAGUUCCUCAUCUAUGCAGGAAAUGACUACCAGGGCCCUGGAGGCCUGCUGGAUUACAUCGAUAAAGAGAUAAUCCCAGAUUUCCUGAGUGGGGAGUGCAUGUGUGAUGUGCCAGAGGGUGGACUAGUCCCCAAAUCUCUGUACAGGACUGCAGAGGAGCUGGAAAAUGAGGACCUGAAGCUCUGGACGGAGACCAUCUACCAGUCUGCCAGCGUGUUCAAAGGAGCCCCGCAUGAGAUUCUCAUUCAGAUUGUGGACGCUGCCUCAGUGAUCACCUGGGAUUUUGACGUGUGCAAAGGGGACAUCGUCUUUAAUAUUUAUCACUCCAAGAGGUCUCCCCAGCCACCCAAAAAGGACUCGCUGGGGGCUCACAGCAUCACUUCUCCAGGUGGGAACAACGUGCAGCUCAUAGACAAAGUCUGGCAGCUAGGCCGGGACUACAGCAUGGUGGAGUCUCCUCUGAUCUGCAAAGAAGGCGAGAGUGUGCAGGGCUCCCAUGUGACCAGGUGGCCCGGCUUCUACAUCCUGCAGUGGAAGUUCCACAGCAUGCCGGCCUGUGCCGCCACCAACCUGCCCCGAGUGGACGACGUGCUGGCCUCCCUGCAGGUCUCCUCGCACAAGUGCAAAGUGAUGUACUACACAGAAGUGAUCGGGUCCGAGGAUUUCCGAGGCUCCAUGACCAGCCUGGAGUCCAGCCACAGUGGGUUCUCACAGCUGAGCGCCGCCACCACCUCUUCCAGCCAAUCACACUCGAGCUCCAUGAUUUCCAGCGAAUGACUUGUGUGACAUCCUGCAGAGACGAGCCGCCUCCUCCACGGAACUGAAGCUGCAGCAGGCAGCCCCUAAGCUGCGCCGGAGUCCUCGAGGCUCCGUUAGUGGAGGUGGCCUGUGGAUUCAGGACAGCCCUUGAGGUCCCUUUCCUCUGAGGACUUGGCAGCCUACAAGAGCACCCGGUCCUGGAGCUGAGCCAGCCCGCUCCUGAGCAGGGACUCUGCCCAGGAGGGGCUGCCAGGCUCCUCGCGACUCCCAACAACACCGCCAUCAUUAAACAUUGCUUUCUCUUUCUUCCUCUUCAAAUCUUUUGAUAUUUUUCAGAGCAAAAUUUUUCUGUCCAUGGACUUGGGGAAGGGAAGGGUUCUAUCCUCUGCUGAAGGCUGUUUUUCCUCCUGCAGAUGGGCAGCUCUGUACCCGCCAGCACCCCGGGUCCCCAGUCCUCAGCACCCAGGGUCCUCAGUCCUCAGCACCCAGGGUCCUCAGUCCUCCUAGCACCCAGGGUCCUCAGUCAUUAUCACCCAGGGUCCUCAGUCCUCAGCACCUAGGGUCCUCAGUCCUCAGUACCCAGGGUCCACAGUCCUCAGCACCCAGGGUCCUCAGUCCUCCUAGCACCCAGGGUCCCUAGUCGUUAUCACCCAGGGUCCCCAGCCCUCCGCACCUGGGACCUUCAGCUCUCAGCGGGGUGUUUGGAAGCAGUAGGUCACACUUCCUUUUGGAAGUAUGGCAGUGCAGACUCCAGCAGUGUGCUCCAGGGUGACGCAUGGCUUAUAGUGGCCUUGGGUGUGUGAUGGAUGUUGUAGGGGCGUGUGAAGGUGCCGUUUGCGUGCAUGAGGGAGCGGGGUGCUGAUGGGAUGGUAGGACUUCAUUUGUUCUAUCAGCAUUUUAUAGAAGCAGACCAGAAGUUGGCUUGCUUUGUCUUUUUCUUUCUGAUCCCAACUUCCCAAAGCCUGCUGUUUGAGCAGGCCCUCACUUCACAGCUUUUAUGGGGAAAGUGUGUUGCUUACAAAGCUGUCUGGAAGUUGCAGGUGGCAGAUCUCCACGAGAAGGGCAUGGGAUCUGUUUGAGUGUGUGGUAAAAGUGUCUAAAGAUGGGUGCCAGACCCAUAUGGCCGUGAGUGUGUUCGACAGGUGUGGAAUCAUGUGUUGAUGCUGCUCUGAGGCACUGGGUGAUGUCUGUGUGACUUGAGAGCUUUGUGGAGGCUGUGGCAUGUCAGCAAGCAUGAGGAGACACUACACGGCAGCCUGGCUUGGCCAGUGAACCCGCUAGCUCCCGGCGCCCUGCGUCAUGCUCAGGCCCUGGUUGCUGGCCUCUCUGGCCCUUCGCCAUGCAUUUCCUGUGCGUGGGAGCCAUUUCUAGAGAGCACAGCAGGGCUGCAGUUACUGUGCCCAUGCUGCUUCCGGUCAGGGCUUCCCAGCUCCAAGUGAAAGCACCUGAAGAUGCCCCCGCUCUUUCUCUCUUCUCUCUCCCUCUCCCUUUCCCUCUCUCUGUGUCUCAGAUGGCGAUUUUGCUGACAGCCUCCAAGAAAAUGCUUCACUCAACAGUCCACAUGUGCCCAGAUGUUUGUAGAGCUAUUUGAGUCGCAGCCUUGUCUCAGGCUGAAGAUCUGUUCCCUUAAGUCCAUUCAGAAGUGGCACUGUUCAGCCCCUCAGAGCUGAGCGCAUCUUUAAGAGCUCACAGCACAUGACUGCACACUCCCAGGCCUUCAGCUUUCCCCGAGUCACAGGGCGCUGGCUGCCUUGUGAGGGUGACUAGGUGUGAUGUGAGUGUGUGGCUUGCAGAGUCUCUCCUCACAGUGCCCGGCACGUGUCCUAAAAUGCUGCUGUCUCGCCCUCCCACCCCCACGACCUACUCUCUGGGUUCUCUUCUGUUCCUAGUGUCUUAAUUCACUCUCCUUCCUGAAUCCAUUAUUUGCAUAUCAAAUUCUGUAAAUGUUUUGUAAACAUAUUACCUCACUCUUGGUAAUACAGUACUGAUAGUCUUUAAAAGAUUUUUUAUUGUUACAAUAAUAAAUGUGAACUGUUUAA